CCGUUCUCCUCUCUCUCUCUCUCUCAAGCAAGUUGCAGUCCUCCGAUUGCCUGAACGCCACCACGACCGACCACCAUAAUGCGAGCGGCCGAAGAAAGCGUCCACCCUCUCCUCAACCGUCGCCCCGCGUUCUUCCGCUCGCGGCGGAGGAAGAUGGCGGUGAUGCGGCUCGGCUCGCGCCGGGGUUGGCGCGGGCGCGGGCGCGGGCGGCGCCUCCUGGCGGGGCUCCUCCGCCGGAUGCGGCUUCGGUGGCUGGCCGCCAAGUACCGGGCGGCGCUGAAGCGGUUGCGGGCAUGCCACGCGGCGCUUGUGCGCGACGUGAUAGAGGGCGCCGCCUCGAUGCAGGCCGUCCAAUCCCGGAUCAUGAUGGAGUCCUACUUCGCCGCCCCCUUCCUCCCCGUCGCCGCCGUUAACUGCCAUCCCCAUUACUAUGCCCGCCCCUAACCAUAUAUUUUCCUCUCUUUUUCUACUCUUAAUUAAUAGUAAUAAGUGGGAUAAUAUCUCUUUCGUCCGCCAAAAAUUUAUAUAUAUGGAAAACCUUAUUAUAUAAUAUUAGAAUCUCUUGUUUCGUUUUUUUGUAUGUAUACAUGACUGGGUUUCUCAGUCAUGACUUUUCCGCUUUAAGAUUGGAGAUCACAAGAUGUUUGUGAUCUUGAUUAAUCAGGUACUCAUGUCAAAACUGAAUUUUUUUUUUCGGAUUAUUAUGCUAUUUAUUGCCUGGCAGUUCGCUA